AUGUAUACUACCUCGAAGAAGAGUACGUGCAACCAGACGGAAUCGUCCUCGCCGGAGAGUACGAACGCGACGAGCGCGACGAAAGCGAGCACGCACGCGAGGAUACCGCUAUAUGCCAAUGCGAGAGCUAUGAUCUCCGUCUUGGACCGCGUGGUGUCUGGUUUCCAUCCGCCGUCCUAUGAGCCUCCGCCGCCGCCCUCUAAAUCGGGCGCAUUUGGGUUCGCCACGUUGGCGGCGGGAAGAUCUGGCAGUGAAUCGGUGUCAGCGUCGGUGUAG